AUGCGCUCCAUCGGCGGCUCAUUCCAUCUGCUGCAGCCUUUCGUCGCCGCUCUCCUACUCCUCGUCGUCUGCCUCGUAUAUGCGUUGCAAUCAGGGAGUGGCUCGACAACAACACUAUCUUCACCAGAUGUGCUGUUCUCCAGGGCCAAGUACUCGGGCGUGCCAGUGCAUCAUUCUCGAUGGCGUCACGAUGCGGGAAUCCACAUCAUCGACUCUCAUCACAUCGUCCGAAGAGAUUCACAUGGACGACGUGGAAAACGAGAUGUCCGAACAUCAGGUCCCAGACUACAUGGAGUCGCCAGAGACUGUGGACACGCAUGCCAUCUACGAUUACGAUCCGAUGAUGCCGUCUACAUUGUCCAUUUGCACAGAUGGAAUCAAAUUCCAGACUCACAUAACAAAAGUGUACCUCACUUUGCCAACUCGAACUACCAACCGAUGGUCCUCUAUCUGGACUCGGAGGAGGAAGUUCGAGGUGGAAUGGGCCGAACAGACCCCGAUUGCAUCUACCGUGCUCACGUCAAAGGUGUCCACCAGCAUAGCAUCGUCAAUUUGUGUGACUCCGAUGAUGGAUUGUACGGAAUGCUCGCUUUGCCCAGUGGAAUCCAUACAGUCGAGCCGAUCAUUAGUGGAAACGGAACAGAUGACGGAGCAGGUCGACAUAGACAACAUCUCGUCCGGAAGUUCGAUCCAAUGCACUUUAAAUCAUUCGACCAUCUCAAUUCCACAAGUGUCAGCGAGGCGGAGACGACUGUUGCCACGUGGCAAGACAAGUGGGAAGAUGUCAUUGAGCGAAAAGCGCGUUCACGAAGAGCAGCGAAUUCAUGGGAUCACUACGUGGAAGUACUUGUGGUGGCUGACACCAAGAUGUAUGAAUACCAUGGACGAUCACUGGAAGACUACGUUCUCACUCUCUUCUCUACAGUUGCCUCAAUCUAUCGUCAUCAGUCUCUCAAAGCUUCUAUCAAUGUCGUUGUUGUCAAGUUGAUCGUGCUGAAAACGGAAAACGCUGGUCCACGUAUCACUCAGAAUGCUCAACAAACACUUCAAGACUUUUGUAAAUGGCAACAGUACUACAACGAUCCAGAUGAUUCGAGUGUUCAGCAUCAUGACGUGGCGAUUCUCUUGACACGAAAAGACAUUUGUAGGUCACAGGGAAAGUGUGAUACGUUGGGACUUGCUGAACUUGGAACAAUGUGUGAUCUACAAAAGAGUUGUGCUAUCAUCGAAGACAACGGAUUGAGUGCUGCCUUUACCAUUGCUCACGAACUAGGUCACGUAUUUUCAAUACCUCAUGAUGACGAACGAAAGUGCUCUAGUUAUAUGCAGGUCAACAAGGUAAUAAGAGACAUUGAAAUGAAUAGAUUUAUUCAGAACAACUUCCAUAUCAUGGCACCCACCCUGGAAUAUAACACGCAUCCAUGGAGCUGGUCACCUUGUUCAGCUGGAAUGCUCGAACGAUUCCUCGAAAACAAUCGAGGUCAAACCCAGUGUCUAUUCGAUCAACCGGUCGAACGUCGCUAUUACGAAGAUGUGUUUGUACGGGAUGAACCUGGAAAAAAGUACGAUGCUCAUCAACAGUGCAAAUUCGUCUUUGGACCUGCUUCAGAGUUGUGCCCUUAUAUGCCGACAUGCCGCCGUCUUUGGUGUGCUACAUUCUACGGAAGCCAGAUGGGGUGUCGAACUCAGCAUAUGCCAUGGGCCGACGGAACGCCAUGCGACGAGUCGAGGAAUAUGUUUUGUCAUCAUGGAGCCUGCGUCCGUCUUGCAGCAGAGUCUCUCACCAAAGUUGAUGGUCAAUGGGGAGAUUGGAUGGAUUGGGGAACUUGUAGUCGGACUUGUGGCGGUGGUGUUCAGAAAGCGUUGCGAGAUUGUGACAGUCCAAAACCUCGUAAUGGUGGAAAGUAUUGUGUUGGUCAACGAGAAAGAUAUCGGUCAUGUAACACUCAAGAAUGUCCAUGGGAUACUCAACCGUACCGAGAACUUCAAUGUGCUGAAUUCAACAAUAAAGACAUUGGAAUUCAAGGAGUCGCUUCUACAAACACGAUAUGGGUUCCGAAAUAUGCCAAUGUUGCUCCCAAUGAACGCUGCAAACUGUACUGUAGAUUGAGUGGAUCUGCCGCAUUCUACCUGCUCAAGGAUAAAGUUGUCGAUGGAACUCCAUGUGAUCGGAAUGGGGACGAUAUUUGUGUAGCUGGAGCUUGCAUGCCAGCAGGAUGUGAUCAUCAACUUCAUUCGACUCUCCGAAGAGAUAAGUGUGGAGUUUGUGGUGGUAACGAUUCGUCUUGCAAGGUGGUUAAAGGAACAUUCAAUGAGCAAGGAACCUUCGGGUACAAUGAAGUGAUGAAGAUCCCAGCAGGAUCAGCCAACAUUGAUAUCCGACAGAAGGGAUACAAUAACAUGAAGGAAGAUGAUAACUAUCUCUCCCUCCGUGCUGCGAAUGGAGAAUUCCUUCUCAACGGACACUUCCAAGUUUCCUUAGCUCGUCAACAAAUUGCAUUCCAAGAUACUGUUCUCGAAUAUUCCGGAUCUGACGCCGUUAUUGAACGAAUCAAUGGAACUGGACCAAUUCGAAGUGACAUUUAUGUUCAUGUUCUUUCUGUUGGAAGUCAUCCACCUGAUAUAUCCUACGAAUACAUGACUGCUGCUGUUCCCAAUGCAGUUGUUCGGCCGAUUUCCAGUGCAUUGUAUCUAUGGAGACCUACCGAAUCAUGGUCUGACUGUGACAGAGCUUGUCGCGGACAACAAACUCAGAAGCUGAUGUGUGUGGAUAUGUCAACUCAUCGACAGAGUCACGACAGAAACUGUCAGAACGUUCUUAAACCGAAACAAGCAACCAGAAUGUGCAAUAUCGACUGCUCGACAAGGUGGAUAACUGAAGAUGUUUCUACAUGUAACGCAAAAUGUGGAUCCGGUCAAAAACGUCAAAGAGUGUCAUGUGUCAAAAUGGAAGGAGAUCGCCAAACUCCAGUUUCUGAACAUCUUUGUGAUCGAAACACAAAACCAGCAGAAAUCACAAGUUGUUAUGUUGACUGUUCUGGAAGAAGAUGGAGCUACGGAGAAUGGACGACUUGCUCAGAAACCUGUGGUUCAAAUGGAAAAAUGCACCGAAAAUCGUAUUGCGUUGAUGGAUCGAACCGACGAGUUGAUGAAUCACUUUGUGGAAGAGAACAAAAGGAAGGAACCGAAAGAGAAUGUAACAGGAUUCCAUGUCCAAGAUGGGUAUACGGUCACUGGGAAUGCUCCAGAAGUUGCGAUGGUGGAGUCAGAAUGCGUCACGCUCAGUGUUUGGAUGCCGCCGAUCGAGAGACUCACAACUCGAGAUGCGGACCAGCUCAUACACACGAAGCAUGCAACGAACAUGCGUGCACUUGGUGGCAAUUCGGAGUUUGGUCAGAGUGUUCAGUGAAAUGUGGAGAUGGAGUACAGUAUCGAGAUUCCAACUGUACAGAUCGUCAUGGAUCGGUUCUCCAGGAACAUCGAUGCAACAAAAUGGAAAAGAUUCUUACGAAACAAUGUCACAGAGAGCCAUGUCCCAAAUAUAAACUUGGAGAAUGGUCUCAAUGCAGUGUAUCUUGUGAGGAUGGAUGGUCAUCAAGAAGAGUUUCUUGUGUUGCUGGAAAUGGAACCGAAGUUGAUAUAUCUCUUUGUGGACCUGCUUCUGAUCGUCCUGCUUCUCAUCAAACAUGUAACCUAGGAACAUGUCCAUUCUGGAGAACCACUGACUGGAGUGCCUGCUCCGUCUCAUGUGGAAUCGGUCAUCGUGAACGAACUAUCGAAUGCAUUUAUCGCGAUCAAUCAGUUGAUUCCUCAUUCUGUGGAGAUUCGAAAUUGCCAGAGACCCGUCAAACUUGUCAUCUUCUGCCCUGCACAUCGUGGAAACCAAGUCAUUGGUCCCCAUGUUCAGUAACUUGUGGAUCUGGAAUUCAAACCAGAAGUGUGUCAUGUAUCCGUGGAUCCGAAGGAAAUGUUGUUGAUGAAUACUUCUGUGAUAGAAAUACACGUCCUCGAGAAAAGAAGAGCUGUGAAAAGGAUACAUGUGAAGGACCGCGAGUGCUUCAGAAACUUCAAGCAGACGUUCCUCCAAUUCGAUGGGCAACUGGACCAUGGACAGCUUGCUCUGCCACGUGUGGAAACGGAACUCAACGUCGUCUUCUCAAAUGCAGAGAUCAUGUUCGUGAUCUACCUGAUGAGUACUGUAGUCAUCUGGAGAAAGAGGUCUCGACCCGAAACUGUCACCUCCGUGAUUGCUCAUUCUGGAAGUCCGGGGAAUGGGAGGAUUGUCCAGCCACGUGCGGAACCCAUGUCCAACAGAGUAGAAAUGUAUCAUGUGUCAGUGCAGAAGACAGUGGAAAAACAAUAUUAAGAGAUACGGAUUGUGACGUUCAGAAGAGGCCGACAAGUACCAGAAAUUGUCGUCUGGAACCAUGUCCAAAAGGAGAAGAGCAUAUUGGAUCCUGGAUUAUUGGAGAUUGGUCGAAAUGUUCUGCGUCAUGUGGUGGCGGAUGGCGUCGUCGCAGUGUAUCCUGUACUUCUGCUUCUUGUGACGAAACUCGAAAACCCAAGAUGUUCGAUAAGUGCAACGAAGAACUUUGUCCUCCGCUCACUAAUAAUUCUUGGCAGAUUUCUCCAUGGACUCAUUGCUCCGUAUCUUGUGGAGGAGGUGUCCAACGUCGUAGAAUCUGGUGUGAAGACGUGCUUUCCGGUCGAAAACAAGAUGAUACCGAGUGUUUCGAAGUGAAACCACGAGAACAGAGAGACUGCGAAAUGCCACCGUGUCGUUCUCGUCCAAUUAACAAGACAUCUUCGUCAUCUAUCUCUUCCGAUUCGACGUCUUCCGCUUCUGCUUCUCUGCUUCCUAUCCUUCCGCCCGUCGUCUCCUGGCAAUCGUCAGCAUGGAGCGCGUGUUCUGCCAAAUGUGGUCGUGGAACGAAACGAAGAGUGGUAGAAUGUGUAAAUCCAUCUCUGAACGUAACGAUCGCCAGUACUGAAUGUGAUCAAACCAAAAAACCAGUGGAAGAAAUCCGUUGUCGAACCAAGCAUUGUCCGAAAUGGAAGGCUACCGCAUGGAGUUCGUGUUCUGUAACAUGUGGACGAGGUGUCCGUCGUCGAGAUGUUCAAUGUUACCGAGGAAGGAAAAACCACGUGGCUGAUUCUGAAUGUAAUGAUAAAACCAAAUUGCAUUCUGUAGCCAAUUGCUUCCCAGUGGCUUGUCCUGCUUACAAAUGGAAUAUAACUCCAUGGAGCAAGUGCAAAGAUGAGUGUGCUCGGGGACAAAAGCAAACUCGUCGGGUGCACUGCGUGAGCACUUCUGGUAAACGGGCUGCUCCGAGAAUGUGUGAUGUGUCUCGAGCACCGAUUUCAGUCAGGGAGUGUGAUACAUCAAAUUGUCCAUACGAGUGGGUUCCAGGGGAUUGGCAAACUUGUUCAAAAUCAUGUGGAGAAGGAGUUCAAACAAGAGAUGUCAGAUGUCGAAGGAAAGAUAACUUCAAUACGACAGUUCCAAUCAUAUUCAUGUUGGAAGAUGAGCCCGCAGUUCCAAAAGAAAAGUGUGAAAUGUUCCCAAAACCAAUUGAAUCUCAAGUCUGUGAACUCAAUCCGUGUGAUUCUGAAUUCAAAUGGAGUUUUGGUCCAUGGGGAGAAUGUUCAAAGAACUGUGGACAAGGUAUCAGACGUCGUCGUGUUAAGUGUGUGGCCAAUGAUGGUCGUCGUGUUGAACGAAUCAAGUGUACCACAAAGAAACCACGUCGUACCCAGUAUUGUUUCGAAAGAAAUUGCCUUCCAUCCACAUGUCAAGAACUUAAAUCACUGAGUGGAAAGGCUAGAGACGGAAACUACACUGUUCUUCUUGAUGGAUUCACUAUUGAAGUUUAUUGUCAUCAGAUGAACUCAACCAUUCCAAAAGCAUAUUUGAAUGUGAAUCCAAGAACAAAUUUUGCUGAAGUUUACGGAAAGAAACUGAUCUACCCACAUACUUGUCCAUUUAACGGAGACAGAAAUGAUUCCUGUCACUGUUCGGACGUCGGUGAUGCGAGUGCUGGAUUGACGAGAUUCAGCAAAGUUCGUAUCGAUUUGUUGAAUCGGAAAUUCCAUCUUUCCGAUUACACUUUCGCUCAACGAGAGUAUGGAGUUCACGUCCCGUAUGGUACAGCUGGUGACUGCUACAGUAUGAAAGAGUGUCCACAAGGACAAUUUUCGAUCGAUUUGAAGAAUGCUGGACUGAAACUAGUUGACGAUUUGAAUUGGGAAGAUCAGGGACAUCGUACAUCCUCCAGAAUUGACCGCUACUAUAACAAUGCCAAAGUGGUGGGUCGAUGUGGUGGUUUUUGUGGUAAAUGUGUGCCAGAAAAGUACAAAGGACUCAUUUUCGAAGUGAACACCAGACUUCUGAAUCAUGUAAAAAAUGGCGGAUCGAUAGAUGACGAACUGGAUGACGACGGAUUUUCCGGUGACAUGGAC